AUGGCGGGUUUGACAGAGUUGCUGAUGGCGUUGGGAAACACCGACCCUGCGGUGCGCGUGCCAGCGGAGCAGCGGGUUAAUGAGGCGCGGCAGGUGGACCUUGCAGGGUUUCUUUUCGCGCUGCUGGAGGAGUUUCGCGACGAGGCGAAGCCCGGGUUUGCGCGGCACAUGGCGGGCACGCUGCUGAAGAACUCCGUGGCGCCGAACCUUCGAGAUGCGGCGGCGCGGCGUGCGCUGGAGCAGCAGUGGAUGAUGCUACCCCCUGAUGUGCGCGUUUCGGUGAAACAAGGCGUUCUAGCAUCACUCGGCUCACCGCAGAAGGAGGUUCAGAACGUGGCGGCGAACAUCAUUGGGAACCUCGCCCGCAUCGAACUUCCGUCAGGUGAGUGGCCGGACCUCCUCAGCAUUCUCCUCAACGCGGCGGAGUCAAGCAGCGAGCAGCACCAAGAGGCGGCGCUGACGGCAAUUGGGUACGUCUGCGAGGAGGGACGCGAGCAUGACUCCGUGGAAGCGGCGCUGGUUCCAUUCACUACUGGUAUCCUUACGGCGGUGCUCCGUGGUAUGAAUAGCAACAGGGAAGAGGUACGUUACUACGCCACAAAUGCGCUGUGCAAUGCGCUGGAAUUUAUCCACGAUAACAUGAAGCAGCAGGAGCAGCGUGACCACCUUGUCGACGCACUCUGUAGAGCCGCAAAAACAUGCCAAAACCCACGGACUCGAGAAAAGGCAAUGGAAUCUUUGGUCAAGGUCGCUGACAUGUACUACUCGACAUUGCCUAACUACAUUGACCAUCUGCACACCAUCACGACACACGCCAUCUUCAAUGACGAGGAGGCGGUCGGAUUGCAGGCAAUGCUGUUCUGGAUUUCAAUCUGUGAGACGGAGCAAGACAUGAAGGCGGAUGGCGAUGGGAGGUGCCUUGACUACGCGAUGAAGGGGGCGUCAAUGAUUACAGGGAUCGCACUUCAGGCACUCGUAAAACAGGAAGAACAGCAGGAGGAGGGUGACUGGAACAUCUCCAUUGCAGGUGGCAAGUUGUUGCAGAGUCUUGCAAUGUGCAUCGGUGACCCCGUGAUUGAUUUGAUUAUGCCAUUUGUCUACAGCAAGGUUGAGAGUGCCAACUGGCGAGAGAAGGAGGCUGCUGUUAUGGCGUUCGGGUGUAUCUUAAAUGGACCUGAUCCCAAAAACUUUCACGAUACCGUCGCACAGGCAGUUCCAGGGCUUCUGCAGUAUAUCCGCCAUGAGCAUCGGAUGGUCGCUGACACCUCCGGAUGGGUGCUGGCCAUUGUCUGCGAAUUGUUCUCAGAUGUCUUCCUUCAGCAGCCGUUGAGCCUCCAGCAGCUGAUUAACAUCAUAACACCAAUGAUUGGUGGCGGUGAUGACAUGGCAAUUCGCGCGUGCCACAUCCUCCAUAAUCUUGCACUAGCUUACCAGGAUGAGGAAAAUCUGCCCACAAACGAGCUUUCUUCUUAUUACCCUGGCUUCCUGAAUGUGCUGUUGGUUGCGAUUGAUACGGGUAACAACCACAAUGUUAAGAGUGUGGCUCAGGAAGCUCUAAACGUCCUUAUUGAUGCGGCGGCAGUUGACUGUUAUCAGUACCUCCAUGUUCUUGUGCCGGAGUUACACAAGCGCAUGGUGUACAUGUUGGAAGCGCGUGCGCAGGGUCAGAUGAGCACCGUGGAAGUCAUGGCAAUGCUUGGCCUUCUCUGUGGUUCGCUUGGCAACGUCGCAAAAAAAGUGCAGAACGCCUUUGCGCAGCACCUGCAGGCGAGUAUGGAAAUCCUGAUGCAGAUUCUACAGAGCCAAGACGAUAUCCUGCUUGAUGAGGCCCUCACUAUGCUCGGUAGUUUUGCGCAUGCCGUGAAGCAACAGCUUACCCCCUACACGGAGAGUGUUAUUCCCUACGUUUUAAAGGCGUUACAGUGCGUCGAUGAGCCAGACCUCGCCAUUGUCGCUGUGGGCACUUUGGGAGAUUUGUCGCUGAGCCUUCGCUCCGACAUGUCCCCAUUCAUCGGCACUAUUCUUGGUUUACUACACACAAACCUACAGAACCCGGAGGUGGACCGUAAUUUGAAGUGCACUUUCCUCAACUGUCUGGGAGAUAUUGCGCUGAAUGUAGGUGAUGUUCACUUUGCGCAGUACCUCGACGUUUUCAUGCAGCUGGCUCAUGCCUUCUUUGAGCAAAGCUGUAAUUUGAACAUCGACGAGGAUCCAGACAGUGAGGAGUAUGUCAUGUCGCUAUGGGAGAGUAUUGCAACAUUUUACACAGGUGUUUGUCAGAGCUUCAAAGGUUCUGAAGCACAGUUAACGCCGUAUUUACAGCGGGUCCUGCAGUUCGCUCUUCAUGCAUCUAAAGUGGCGCACUCCCUCGACUACGUAGAAGUGUUUAUUGCGACUGUUUCACUUAUCGGUGAUAUGGCGUGUGUUCUGAAGUCUGCCCGGUCACCGGAGCUGCGACAGCAGGGCAAGAGCGCCCUUCUGACGCAGCCAGUGUGGGAGGUGGUGGGCCACGCAACCAACAUGAGGGAUGCCGACCAAGACACGAGAGACCAAAUGAAGUGGGUGCGGGUCCAGCUUGAGCUUUUGCAGUCGUCAUAA